AUGAUCAGUGAAACCGAAUCAAUCGAUUCAUUAAAAUUACGACUUAAAUCUGUUAACAAACAGAAAUUGUCUAAAGAGAGGGAGGUCUUACAACUGCGUAAUAAAGAACGAUCCCUAACAGACGAGCUCCAUGCCACGAGAGCUGAAGUAGACCAGCUCACAGAGAGUCUUGAGCAUUUGAAGAAUCAAAUAGCUCAAAGUAAGCAUCAGAUUACGAUGAUCGAAAUGUGUAAGGUGUCUGAAGAUUUGAAAAUUGGAGCACAUAUUGAUGUUCUCAAUGAACACAUGAGAGGUUUCCAACAGCUAUUUGAUAGAGACCAAAAGGAAUUAGAGAUGCGUAUCAAAGAACAAAAAGAGAAAGAAGCAAAACAUCUAGAAGAACUGAGAGAACAAGAGAAGAAGUUAGCAGAAGAAAAUGAACGGCAGGAUAGAGAAGUUGCAGCAAUCGAAGAAGAAUGCGAAGCUAUCGAAAAAGAAUGCGCAGUGUUAAAAAAACGAAAUAACGCUAUCAUGUUAAAAUUGAGAAAAAAAUUGCUCGAGGUUGAAAAUACAAGACGUGAAGUAAUGAAGAGGAACAAUGUGGCCCAAAUGAUCAAUAACAAGGAUAAUAACUAA